AUGGUUGACACAAUCCAAACAAAAGAAGGUGCGGUGCCUAUUAGCGCCGAAGCUAUGCGCAGUUCAAUGCGCUCAAUGCGUCGAGGCAAGAACAAAAACAUUCCGACUCCCUCAUCUCUCGUGACACACCUUCGAUCCAAUGGCCGGAAACUUGGAGAUGGCAUUGCAGAAAUGUACGAACAAUUUGAAAAAGAAUCACAUACAUUUUUUGCUUUUUUCAAUGCUGAAAAUAGAUCUAAAAAUAAAUUUCCAAAUGAUAUAUUCCUUUUCGACAGAACACGUGUCAUAUUGGUUGAUCCACCUGACUACUAUCAUGCAUCUUAUGUCGAUGGCUGUCAACAAGUAAUUUUAAACAUUAAUACUUGCUAUUUAUACCAGUUAUUAUUAUUAUUAUUAUUGUUAUAGUU